AUCAUGCUCGGCAGUCUUUGGCAAGUGAGCGCUGCGUUCAGAUCGAAAUAACCAGUGACGGAGUUAGUGUCCAAAUAAAACGCGUGUGGCCAUCCCGAACGGCAAAAAUGUCCGAGAAUGGAGAGGAGAGCCUGGUGGAGACGGUGGAGGAGACCUACGAGACGGAGGUCCGCCGCAAGGUCAUCAAAACCAAGAUGAAAAUCCAAGAAACCUCGUCCACAACUACAACAACCACAAUGACAACGCCAGCCAAAUUAUAUGGAAAGGAUCUCAGUGUGUAUGACGAUGUCGAUGUAGACACCCUUCUGGACAAGUUAACGCCAGAAGAAAUCAAUAUUUUAGCCAAAGAAGUAGACCCAGAUGACUCAUUUCUACCUCCUUCGCAAAGGACUAGUUACGAUUGUGAUAAAGAACCCACGGGACCUCUAAAUAGGAAACAGUUAAUUGAACAUAUUAAUAAAGAAGCGAUAGAAACUCCAGAUAUACCUGAAAUUCAACCGUAUGUUGCUGGUGUGGUGAGAGGCAAGAAAUGGACCCCACCACCGCCGCCACAAAAGGACAUUGAUGCGCAAGAAAAAAUACAAAUAGACUUAGGAGAUGAAUAUGAACAUGCUCUGACAAAUGCAUCGCAGGAAGAAAUCAUUGACCUGGCCGCUAUUUUGGGUUUCCAUUCGAUGAUGAACCAGGACCAAUAUCAUGCGUCUUUGCUAAACAAAGGCCAGCCAGUUGGGCUGGGAUGGGACGGGAUCACUAAAGCCGCCAAGCAGAAAAUAUUCCCUAUGGAUCCUCCAAACAGUACUGAUGUUGAGGAUUCGAUAAGACGAGUGCAAAAUGACGAUCCCAAAUAUAUUGAUCUCAAUUGGAACAAUAUUAAGAAUAUUUCCGACGAGAAAUUUAACAGCCUCUUUGACGGUCUGGAACAAAACACUCACUUGGAGACGUUGUCCCUGUCCAAUACGGGAUUGACGGACCGAGGUGUGGACAAAUUGGCUCAAGCGUUAGAGAACAACAGCCAUGUGAGGGUGGUGAAUGUGGAAAGUAAUAAUCUUACGCCACUGGGCGUUGUCAGGUUGAUAAAGUCUCUGUUGAAGCAGACCAGUGUGGAGGAGUUCCGGGCAACAAACCAGAGGACACAAAUAUUAGGUAACAAAAUUGAGAUGGAAAUAACGCAACUAAUUGAGAAGAACCCCACGAUACUGAGGUUGGGGCUGCAUUUAGAAUAUAAUGAUGCGAGACAUCGAAUCGCUACACAUUUGCAAAGGAACAUUGACACAAUUCGCGUCGAUCGUACUUCAAAACGGCCCCCCAACUACCUUGUGGGCUACAUUCGCGCUUAGAUCCAGGUUUCCGUAUAUUUCGCUUCAUCAUCAGGGCUGCCAGCCAGCCAAUCGAGUCACACAGGCGUGUUUUUGCACUUGUUUAGUCCUAAGCUAGAACCUAGUUACUCUACGGCAUAGUUUAUUUAUUUAAGAUUAGCAUAAAUCAUCAUUUAAAGUGUAUAUUAUGUUCAGACCAUUUACGUUUUAGGCGCUUUCCUAGAGAAUGGCUACUUUUGGAGAUUUCGCUCUGAAACUAUUCUCUAGGGUCGAUUGUAAGAGUGCAAUAUAUCCGCUCCUCCGGAAUAGUAUACAUAGAUCGAAUCCAGAUUGCUUGAAUGCAAGAAAUGUGCUCAGAAUGUGGUUUUUCCACCGCCUCAAACUAACGUCUGCUGCAAUUUAGUAUUGUGAUAGUGUAAAAUGUCAUGAUUUAUUACAAGGAGGAGGAAAAGACAGGCCUAAAUGGAUCAAUGUUUAUUGCAAACAGUUUAGGGUGUUUAAGGUUGUGUAUGUUCAUGUUUGCAGGCUCCAUUUUGUGUCUGUUCUUCUCGACUAAAAGUGGAGCCCCAAACAAAAUUUGCUUCAACUGCAGAAACUGACUAAUCCGCUAUUAAAUUGCUUCGGUUUUUAGAAUACUUACGGCGUUCUAUUAAUGUUUAUUGUAAAUAUUCGCUUCUUUGCAGGCAAAGUUUUGACAUGAGAGAGUAAAAUGCAUUGCUCUUGCUAUUAAUAUAUGUAUUAUACAUUCAUAUUCGUUAUCUGGAUAUAUUAUACGCAUGUAGGGGUCUUAUAGGAAUUAUUCAAUAAAUAUUAAAGUAUUGUAGCUUUA